GGUCUCUUGAACCUAAAGUCGACUCAGAAAACACGCGAAUGAUUUGGAUCGGUGCUUCAGAAAAUUCAAAGAAAGAUCGUGAAGAAAAAAUAACAUACAUCAAACUUGUGUUGGCAUUUGUUAUUGCCACCAAGCAUCAUCUUCGUUUGGAAUUUGGCACUGAUUAUAAAGAUUACGAGGGCUUAUUACCUUCGUCAUCAAAAGGUUUUCAACGUACAAAGUUUGACGGUAAUGCUGGCCAAGAGAAUACGGAAUUAGGCAGUGGAAGCCUUGAGGAUCCGAACCAUCCUGAUAAUAUGGCUCGUCAAGACUCUCCAGAAAUCAGUAUACAUACUGAAGCGGAUGAGUCUACUCGCCUUCUUCCAAAGUCCCGAACCCAAGACCCAGUGGCGUAUUUAAGAGAUACUUUUCGUUUCAAAGAUACUUUUCGUUCGCUUAGAAGUGGUCGAAAUCAUUCAUGUGAUAUUGACGUGUUGACAUGGGGAACCCAAGAUCCGAAAAUGAGUUUUCCAAUGUUGCGAAAAGAUAUUGACAUAAAAGGUAAAAAAAAUAGCACGGUCGGACUAGAGAUUAAAGCCUGUGAAAUUACUAA